CAGGAAACAUGAGGCUGCUGCUGCUGCUGUCUGGAGGGCUGGCCUCACGGUAAUGACUGGAGUCAGGUAACCACCGGACAGACCGACUCUAGUCCUCCUCACAGACGGGCUCGGACACGGAGGGAGGCGGUGUGACAACGACUCGCCGGGAGGGUUUCACCUUGUUUAUUUUAAUCAGUGCCUCGACUAUCUCCCUAAAACAAACUCUACACACUCGCAAAAGUUUGAUAAACGUAACAGCGCGUCCUACAGUUUUGUGUUCACGUGACGACCGUCGCAUUUGUGAGCCAGCUCAGCGCGAGGCUACUCAGGUGUUCAACUACACGGGGAAGUUUAUGUCGUAUUUUAGCUUUGUUGCUAACCAAUUAGCCACUAAUUACGUUGCGAGGAGCAUUCAUCUGUCUCGUUUCCGCCUCUUUUUAUCGUGUUUGAAAUAUCUCCACUUCUCUACUUGGUUUCGUUGUGCUUCUUCGGUUUAUUGGAGUCAAAACACCAAGUGGCCACGUUUGAGCAGGCGCUCUCCUGAAGCCCUGAUGAGACACAAGCCUCCACUCCCUACGGAGGCUUAUACUGUGCCAGGAUGGAUGAGACGGAGAAGUACAAACAGCGACUGGAGGCCAUUGCUGAAAAGCGUCGGCUGCAGGAGGAGCAGGACAGAGCCAGGAGAGACUUGGAGGAUGAGAAGCUCAGACUACAGCAGCUCAAGAGGAAGUCUCUGAGAGACCAGUGGUUGAUGGAAGGAGCUCCUUUGUCCCCAACCUCUCCAGACGCCCAAAGCCCUCGCUCUCCUCUUUGGGGAUCCCAGGCCCAGGAGAUCGAAAAGCGCAUUGACAAGUACAGCCACAGUGUGUUGCAGUCAGAGAAUCAGCAGUUGACAGAGGAGGAGGAGAAGCUGAAGGAACAGAUGGAGGGUGGCCAAACAGAGGCAGUGAAAGUGGCAGAGGCCGGAGCAGAAAUGGCCCUAGAUGCUGUUGUGCAGAACGGAGAAAAAAACACACUAGGAUUGGAAACAGCUGAAGAUGAAGUGAAGACUAGCCAAAGCGCAAUACUGGAAGAAACCACAGCUGUACUAACCAAUGGCGGUGGAGACAUCGAAGUGGACACCGAUCACGACACUCAGCCCACCACCAAUGGAGCCGUUGUAGCGUCUGAAGAUGUUAUUAACAUGAAACUGGAGCCUGGGUUGUGCCUGGGUGUUUCCGAGGCAGAGCCUGGUCAGGUUCCAAAUGUCAACAUUAAUAAGGAGGAGGAGGAGGAGGAGGAGGAGGAGGAGGAGGAGGAAGAAGAGGAAGGGACUCUGGUGAUGAGAGCAGAACGAGUGAUCAUCACAGAUGAAGGGGAUGAUGUACCUGAGGGUCUUACACCCCAGGAAAAUGAGCAGGAGACAGCGCAGCCGGAGGAAACCCCUCUGCUGAUUCCAGAAGCAGGCCAAGAGGGAGUGGAGGUUCUGGAGGCUGUGGAGGGGGUAGUAAAAGCAGAAGCAGCUCCAGAAACCUUCACACAGCCAGAAGAAGAGAUUGAGGCUACUGAACCCGCUGCAGAGGCGCAACCAGAAACUGGAGAUGAAGACAUGCAGGGUGGCGUAAAGAUAAACGGAGAUGGAGAGACAGAAGCUGAAGGACAGGAUAAAGAAUCUGAAGACCCAACCUCUUUGCAGGUGCAGUCCCCAGCCAGUGCUCUAGAGGGCACUACAGUGGCUUCAGUGCCAGUCUACUCUGAGGCACAACCCUCCAGUCUCACCCCUGAGCUAGAGGCUGAGGGUGAAACUGCAGCAGAGGGAGCUGAAGCAGCAUUAAAAGCCCAAGAGCCUGCCAUUCUGCCUGGCCAGUUCCAGGAGGUGCCCCUGGCCGAACCCCAGGAGAACCAGAGGACAGAGGCAAGGCCGGGGGAGCAGGAACCCCUUCUGUCGCAGGCCAAAGCCCCUGACACCCAAGCAGAACCAGCAGCAGCAGCAGCAGCAGCAGCAGCCAGCACAGAGACACACAGCCCAACCAGGGCUAACCAGGGAAAGGAGACUGAGGCACCCAAACACAAAACCUGCCAGUGCUGCUCUGUCAUGUAAUUGCCCUCUCUGUACAUUCCUUUCCUCUCUCCCUCUUCAGUCUGUCUCUCUGCUUUUCAAUUCAUAACACACUCCUUCCCUCGUCUCUUUGUUUUAUGCACCCAUCGUUUUUCAAAUCAGUCCUCAAGCUACUUCCCUUUCCUCCCUGACUCUCUGCUCUCAUUCCUUGUAUUCAUCUUGAAACUUCCUCAUUCCACUCUUGAGUUUUAAUACUCUGAGCGGAAGUGAGCUCUCUCCAACAUGAAGACGGGGGGAGGUAUGGACUGAACUUGACAGUGUUUAAGUGCCUUGAAGAGCUCUCUAUGCAGAACUAAACUUUUAAAUUCUCUUCUCAUACAAUGUGGACCAAAACAGGAGGUGUGUGUGUGUGGGGGUUUUUUUUUUAACUGUUUGAGUUUGAUUUAAUUUUCCUGGUUAGCAGAUGAGCCAGCCAAUCUGCAUAAGAUAAUAAACCCACCAAUUAGAGUUAGUUAAGCAACAAAACAGACUGAAGAUGUAUUAUUGUAAAGUGUUGUAUCUACAUGUAUAAUUCAUUGGGUAAUUUUCUUAAUCUACAUAUAACAUCCAACGUCCAAAGAUCUAGAGAGGUUCAGAGAGGGCAUUCUUCUAAUUUAAAUACUUUAAAGCUGAUUUAUUUUAUUGAUUUUGGUCUUUUAUUAGAGAUUCUUUUAAUCCAUGUAUAGGACCUGAACAUUUUUAUUCACUGUAUAAUACAGGUUUUGACAGUACCGAGACUAAUAGUAUGAAACGGUCUAAUUUAUAAACAACAGCAUGUUCUGCUGAAUAUUUUGUGGGCCGUUGUCAGUUUAAAAGAGAAAUUAUUUUAAAAUACCUGAAAGUAUGAACUUUGUAUUUUUACCAGAUGUGCUUUUUGAAAGAGGGGCUCCAGAGCUCCUGACAUAGAUCUGUGCAUGGAUGUAUAAACUGAACACAGACAGAUGUUGAAUUGAGAGUGUCUGAGAUGUCAGCUUUGAAAUGAUUGAUGAAUGGUUAAAUGAUUAAACUGACAUUUGUGAUACAUUGAUUAAUGUACUUGGUGUCCAUCCAGAAUCUCUGUCCCUGAAAUUGUAGAUUUUCCCGAAGACAACAUCAUUGCGUCAUGCAAAAACAAACACACUGGAUAAUAUUUAACCAGUUGUUUCAUAAUGUUAUGUAUUUCUUAUUCCUAAACCAGCGACAACUGGUUUAGGACAGCUGUCUGUCACAUACUCUUCUAACACACUUGAUAAAAUAGGAGUUGGAAGCAACUGGUAUGAGAAGAGAACUAUCCAGAUCUAUCUACAAGACAUGCUGCAGAAAGAGCAGGAUUACAGGGACUGAACUCAUGAGACGAUGUACCUUGUGUUUCCUGCAACAAUUCUCAAAAUCCUCCCCUUAUGCAAGUCCAUGGAGCUUAUCAAAGCUGCCUGGAGUCCCAGCAGUGUCUCUACCUGCCCCUGUGGUAGCUCCAUGGCUAACGGCACAGCCAUCUUAAGGACCAAACCAAAGUCGGAGUCCCGGGGGGAAAGGGAUGCGGCAAUGUGCCCUAUAACUGUGAAAACAAGUCCUGCUGAGCAGAGAGCUCCCAGUUGAUCCUCUCCAACAGCCAUGGGGUUUCAGAGCACCACCGUAUGAGGAGCCAGUACCUUUUGAUAUAUUAAAGAUCCAGGGUGCGUUCCAAAUCGCAAACUUUUUCUUUUACAGCUGCCCUCAUAAAGUAUGUACUGUUGCAUGCAGUAUGCAUACAAUCAGGACAUACUCAUUUCUCAUUUUUCUAGCUUACUAAACAGUAUGGUAGUAUGGGUAUUGGCAUGCAAAGAGAGUGUGUGAGAUUGGGGCGUCGGUGGCUUAGUGGUAGAGCAGGCGCCCCAUGUACAAGGCUGUUGCUGUAGCGGCCCGGGUCCAGAAUCCAGUUCGUGGCCCUUUGUUGCAUGUCAUCCCCCCCUCUCUCUCCCCCCUUCAUACCUACCUGUCCUGUGCAUUAAAGGCAAAAAUGCCCCAAAAAAUAUCUUUAAAAAAAAAAAAAAAAGAGAGAGUGUGUGAGAUAUAGGGGGAUUUAGUGGCAUCUAGUGGUGAGGAUUGAAGUGUGCAACCAGCUGAAACUUGUGUCUCUAAUGCUGCUCAUAGUGGAGUGGCUGCUAACUAUAGGGGCUGCUGGGAAAAACUUGAAUGGCCCUGACUAUAGCCAGUGCUUAGUUUGUCCGUUCUUGGCUACUGUAAUAAAUCUUUUUUUGUAUAUCCCUCUAAAUCCUACACACUGGACCUUUAAAAAAUAAACAAGAAAUAUAUUACAUUUUCUUCUAUUGAGCAGACUUUUGAAAUCACCAAUACUUUUCUUGAGUGAAGUAAAAGUACUUUUUUUCCCCAGUUCUUCAUAAUACAAUUUCUAACAAACUAUGUGAACACAAAACCCAGAUUUGCGGUCUGUAUUCACAGAUGACACAUUCGUACAAGCAAUUUGUGUCUUAAUUGUAAGCAUGAAUCAAAGGGGGCAGAUUGUGUGUACUGUUGCAAAGAUAAUACGAGUGUUUGGGCUGUUGAGUUGGCGAAGGCUGGAGAAUCAGAUCCCAGAAUCGCUGAAUCAUUCCACUACAAACUGAACAUUCCCAGAAACUGUCCUCCGCUGUUUAAACAGCAAAGGACAACUAAUGGGGAUGCCAAUAAACAAACAUUGCAAAAACAGUGUCAGGUGUUGAGUAAGUGGAACUUUCUGAUACGAUUUUCACUGUGAAACUUAUCGCAAUGUGAUUAAGGUGCAAACAGAAAGCUUUAAAAAAAAUAAUAAUAAUAAAAUAAAAAUUGGGUUAAUUGCACGCUGUGAUUUUCACCACUACCUAUCUUUUAAAGGCUAUAAAUUACUGGGUUUUAUUUCUAGUCUAGUGAUGAUACUGGUAUAUGAAACUAGAAGACCGAAGAAGGUUUUCAGGAAGCUAUUAAGAUAUCUGAGUGAAAACUGUUUCUGUGGGUACUCACAAGUCUCCCCUUCACAGACAUGUCCUCUUUAUGUUAGUCCCAUACAGUUUUGGGCACAAACUAUGUACUUUUUUUGCAUGCAAUGAUUACACCUAUUACAGAUUUAUGACUAGAAAAUCUUGGCACACUGUGCUGAGCUACAUCUCAAAUGAAUCUUCUGGUUUCCAUCUUUUAGGUGAUAUAUACCACUUCUCUGUAGCAUAUACGGCUGACCUGCUAUCUUCCUUAAAAGAUCUCCUGUCCCCCCCAAAAAAGACAAAAAUGAGUCUACAUGUGACUACAAUGUGACUCUUAGAGGGUUAAUUGCCUGCUGCUAUUUUGUCUCUUCGGCCACACUAAAGUAAAAGUGAAUAUCAUAAAGUAAAAUUUUCAUUGCAUUCAUUUGAUUCCCAAACAAAACACUCUGGUAAGAACGGCGUCACCUUUUUAAUAUGAACUACAAAAUGUUUUGAAAUGCAAAAUAAUGGAAUUUUAAACACGCAAUUAAAAGUAUGAUUAAUCGCAAUUAACAUGAAAUUCUGCGAUUAAUUUUGAUUUGAAAAUGAAUUGAUUGAUAGCCCUAGUGAUUUCAACAAACAGAGUGUAUGUAGUGAAGUUGUAGUUCUCAAUGUAAGCCAAUAAGAUAAGUUUUAUUGCCUGCUAUGUACAUUAUCUGUCUUGGAGUAAUCUCAUUACAAUAUUACAUGUAAGACGAGUUAGAAAAAGGUAAAUAAUAAGGAAUCACAGUCUUCAGAUUAUUUUUAUUUGACUUAUCAAAGAGAGCAAAGGUCUGCUCUCAGGAUUGUGAAACUGGAUUUUUGGGUCAGCUAUAAAGGCCAACAAGAGACUAUACCAGCUCCACUUUCAGACAGAAGCUGCAUUGCCAGUGAGUCCAGAUCCACAGGCAUUUGAUUUCAACAUACAGAGACAUGUUUGCUGUGUGCGCCAUCGCUCUCCUCUGCUUGACGUCUGUGAGCCAUUCAGCUCCUCUGGACUGUAAAGACGUGGUUGAACCUUGGGGUCAUGUUGAUCUUCAACACUUGGAGGGCAGAUGGGUUUUGGUUGCGGACAGUCUGAAAAUCAUUGAAGCUCCACAGCCUUUUAGACCAAUUGACAGCAUAACUAUUGACUUCCACAACUCAACGUACACUCAAGCCAAUCGUUACGGUGAUGGGUGUCACUAUGAUUCCCGUAACGUCUCAAUAGAGGGCCCUACCUUUUCUUUUAAGACUGAGUAUUUUCGCUUCAAUGGGACCAUCAUCAAAACGACCUGUCAAGACUGUGUGAUACUGAGCUUGGCUUUUGAGGGACCGAAUUAUAGGUCAGAGGAAUUGUGCCUGUUCAGCAAAAGGAGGGAGGUGGAUGACAAGGAGUUGGACGAGUUCAAAGCUCAGGCGGAGUGUCUGAAGAUGCCUAAACCUUUGGUGAUGGAUCCUUCCAAGGAACUUUGUGCACGACGUUCCACCGCAUAAAUUGAGGGGAAAACAGAGGAUCCAAAGGCUUAAGAGACUUUGACACGUGAGAUCUGUUCACAGUGCACAGUCAGAAAAGCCUUCCUGCUGUGAUCACGAGAUGCUCAGAUAUUACUUGGAAGUACAUUUCUUUAUCAUACAGUAUUAUGUUCAUGCUUGUUAAGCCAUGCUCAGUUCAUCCCCUCCAUGCUGAUCUAUGAGCUACAGUAACCAAGAAAAGAGCAUUUGCAUAUCUUCAAUCUGCUUCCUGUGUGUUUCCUCUCAUAUUGAUAUGUUUGAUAUGAUAAAACUACUUGUGAAAAUAAACUUGAUGCAACCAUCUCAGAUGUAAACAAAUGGAAAAAAGUGGAUGAAAAUAAAUUCAGUUACAAUCUUC